UCACGAGUCACGAUAAACCCUUCUUCCCCUCCAAGCAAACACUUCUGACUUCCCCCUUCAAAACCCCCAAACGGCCAUACACCUCUCUUCUACUUCUCUCAGCUCCUCAAUCUCGCGGCGGUUCAGUUUAAUCUCCGGUUUCUUUCAACCAUCUCGUUCGGCCUUUUCGUCAAUCAAUCACUAUGUUGUUGUCUAGGGUUUUGUCACGCGUCUCCGGGAACGCUGGCGCCCGACGCUCCCUGCUUCUUCUCUCCUCUGCCUCCACCAAACAGCAACAGAUUCCAGUAAUCUGCAAUGGAGUUCAGCCUCUUAUUCAUCAGGGUCUCGAGCAUGUGUCUGGGUUUCAUCAAUCAGCCUCUAAUUCUUUUCCCUUUGGGAAGUUUGGAUUUGCUUCAUCUGCGUCGCCCGAGCCAACAGAAAAGGAACAAGGUGCUACAGAGAGCAAUGGUCAAGGGAAAAUAAACGGAGAUGCGGACUCAGGUACCCAUUCAGAAGAUUCAGGAGAGAGCAAAAAGCCAGAUUCGGACGAGGAUGCUGCUGAUCUCUCCAGAGAUGACUUGGUGAAGCUUGUUAUUGAGAAGGAUGAACUUUUGAAGUCGAAGCAGGAAGAAUUCCAUACGAUGAAAGAUAAGUUUCUCCGUGCCUUGGCAGAGAAUGAGAAUGUCAUGGAAAGGACUAAACGUGAAGCGAAGAACUCUAAAAAAUUUGCCAUUCAGAAUUUCGCGAAAGGUCUGUUGGAUGUUGCGGAUAAUUUGGGAAGGGCUUCUUCAGUGUUCAAAGAGAGUUUUGCCAAGAUUGAUACAUCUAAAGAUAGUGCUGGAGUCGUGCCACUUGUGAAGUCACUUUCAGAAGGAGUUGAUAUGACGGAGAAACAACUUGGGGAGGUAUUUAAGAAGUUUGGUCUGGAAAGAUUUGAUCCAAUAAAUGAGCCUUUUGAUCCACAUAGGCAUAAUGCUAUGUUUCAAGUACCAGAUGCUUCUAAACCUCCAGGCACAGUUGCUCACGUUCUGAAGCCAGGAUACAUGCUCCAUGAACGGGUGAUUCGACCAGCAGAAGUCGGUGUUACUCAAACAGCAGAGGCCGACUCUUAGGAGAACUGAUUCAAUUGUUAUGAUAAAAAGAGGCACACUCUUGGGAGAAAUCCUUCUUGUCAUCCGGUGUUCUACAUCACUUCAGGCAUUCACGUGUCUGUUUCAUUUAUCUGGGAUAAUUUAUAAGAUGCUCGAAAGCUAUGAUGAGAAGAUACUUCUCACGGUGACCGGAAAUGUUGUAGAUUUUAGGGGUUGUUGGUUAUGUGCUUCCUUCCCCAAUAUGCUGAAGAGAGAUUCAUUUUGUUCUUACCCUCCCCAUUUACUCGCUAAUCAAACACGAUAGCAUUAGCAUAUACACAAUUGUAACUCGUUGAUUUACGAGCAUAAUGAGGGUAUGGCUGAGGUCGUAUACAAUAAGC